AUGUCAACGCAUUAUACCACCGAGCCGCCGCCCACCGCAUCCGCCACUCUGCACACCACCUUCGGCCCCAUCCACAUCGCCCUCUUCGCCAACCAAACCCCCCUCACAUGCAAGAACUUCCUCCAACAUUGCCUGGACAACUACUACGCCGGCACGAUCUUCCACCGCAUCGUCCCUGACUUCAUUGUCCAGGGCGGCGAUCCCACCGGCACAGGCUCCGGCGGAACCUCCAUUUACGAGUACCCCGAAUUCGAAUACGACCCGGAAGGGCGCGAUCCCAACGAGAAGGUCGUGUUGCGAGAUGAGCUCCAUAGCCGGUUGCGCUUCAACCGGCGCGGGCUGGUGGGGAUGGCGAAGAGCGAGGACGGGACAUACGGGAGCCAGUUCUUCAUUACGCUGGCGAACACGGAGCGGGAGUUGAACGGGCAGUGUACGCUGUUUGGGCGCGUCGAGGGGGACAGUAUCUACAACGUGCUGAAGAUCGCGGAGGCGGAGCGUGUGGAGGGGACGGAGCGGCCUGUUUACCCUGUGAAGGUGGUUUCGUGCGAGGUUGGGGAGCUGGGCCCGUUUGCUGGGAAGUUGAAGAAGCGGGAGACGAUUGCGACUGCGCCGCCGGCGGCGGAGGAAAAGCCUGCGGCGAAGAAGAAGAAGAAGAAGGCGAAAGGGGGCAAGACGCUGUUGAGUUUUGGCGGCGACGAAGGAGACGAAGAUGUCCCUGUGCGGCCGUCGAAGCCCAAAUUCAACCCGACUCUAGUUGUCGACGCCGGGAUCCCGACAGCCGACGACGCACCGAAGAAGACAUCAGCAGAGGAGAAGCAGCAGAACAGGAAGCGUCCUCGCUCACCCUCCCCGAAACGGGCCCCAUCUGCCGAGCGCAAACAUCGUCCCAAGUCUCCAGAUCCCUUAACACAGCUUCCCCUCCCUGACCCUGAAAGCCCCGCCCGCUCCCCACCCCAAUCGCCUCCAGUACGACAGUCGAUCCUAUCACGGACAAAGGCCGAGAUCGAGAACCUCAAAGCCUCGAUGCGGCGCACCGUCGCCACAGGCCCGGCAGACACCGGCCGCAAGAAGUCCGCCCUGGAAGCCAUGAUCCCCGAGACCGCCAUCCGCGGCCGCAAACGCCCACACCCGGGGACCGUCAAUGGCGCCGGCCGCGGCAGCAGCACCAACGGCGUAACGGGCUUCAGCAGUGCCGCUGAAGACGAAACCCUGCGCAUGUUCAACGCCUUCAGAGCGAAGCUCGAAAGCGCGGACGCCAAGUCCGCCCCUCACGAGAAGCCCUCGGCCUCAGCCUCAGUCUCAGCCUCAGACACCACGAAACACACCUCCGAACAAGCCAGCGCCAACAACGAACCCGAAGACGAAGAGGCCCAACUCUGCGACCUCCACUUCAUCGCCAAUUGCCAGUCGUGUAAGUCAUGGGAUGACACCGGCGCCGCAGAGACGGCCGCCGACGAGGACGACCGGGACUGGUUGACGCACGAACUCCGCUUCGGGAAGGAUAUGCUCGGCAAAGAUCUGCAGUGGAAGCGCGAGCACCCGGACGAUGUUGACUCCCUUGUUGUGAUUGAUCCGCGGGAGCGCGAGAAGGAGUUUGUGGGUGGGAGGCGGCGCGGCCUCGAGCGCGAUCGUGAGCGGGAUCGCAAGCGGGAGCGUGUUGGCGAUCAGGAGUGGGAUCGAAGGAGAAGGGAGAAGCCUUGA